AUGCCGACGACGACAGCCCUCACGACGGCUUCUCAGACUUCAGAAAGGCAGUCGGCGCACAAUCUCAAUUUGGCUGGCCUGGCAUCUACACCACUCUCUCUGACUUCGAUGCCUUCGCAAGGCAAACAGAGCGUGGUGGAUGAGGACUCGGAAUCUGCGACUUGGAUACUCCUGGCCUUGGGUGCCACCCUUGUGGCCAUGUGCAUCUGUAUGGCUUUGCAGCCCUUUGUUACGCAGCGACGCGUUCCCUGGCUUCAAUCAGCAUGGCAGCGUGUUCUUGUGGAUUUGCAGAUCCGGUUGCACGAGAAAGCACCAUGCAAGACGGAUGAUCCCUCCAGUGUGCAGAGUUGGCAGGUUGCCAAGCGUGCACCAUCUGCCGUCGACUAUGAGCAAAUCCCAAGUUUGCAGGCCUUCCCCAGACUUGCUGUAGACGCCCGGAUUUGUUCAUCGAACAGUGGAGAUAGCAUGAAGCAGAUGUAG